UGGCAUUUCGCUGAGCGCGCUUUAUGAAUUGCCGUUAAUAUAUCGUGGCUGUUGUUCAAGGCCCUUUACAUUUUGCUUGUCUCUAAUCCUGAAAGAACACUAUUUGAAAGUCUCUUGCACUAGAAAUGAAUAGGAUACAUAGUAAUGGCAUCCAGUUUAUACACUGGAUUCAAAACUAUGAACGUCUGGAGCCUUUGUUUACAGUCGUUAGUCAUAUCGGUAGUCCUAAUACUGCCUACUCACUGACGUUUCCAACUGCUUAUUAUACUGAUCCAACAUUGGGGAUCACGACAAUCUUAUGUACGGCUUUAGCAGACUGGUUAAACGGAAUACUUAAGUGGAUGUUAUAUGGUCAUCGGCCAUAUUGGUGGCUUACACUGAAUCGAUCGCUGACCGACCCUGACUUAUCUGUAAAACAGUACCCACUAACAUGUGAAACUGGACCUGGAAGUCCAUCAGGCCAUUGUAUGGUAACUGUAGCAAGCCUAACACCAAUGAUAACUUACUUCUACCAUAAAUUAAAAAAUCGAAACCAUCAACGAUGUUUGAUAACACUAUCCUGUUUAGUUUUUGGGUUAAUUGCCCUUAGCCGCUGUUACUUGGCAGCACAUUUUCCUCAUCAAGUCAUUUUAGGACUAAUAUCUGGUAUCGCAGUUGGGUUAUUAUUUAGUUUACCUGGUAGUUUUCUCAGUUCAAAAAACGAAGUCAAAAUAAACUGGUUACAUGUACAAGCUGUUUAUCUCUUAACUCAUCCAAACAGACUAUUGUGGUUGGGCUUCUGUUCAUUCAUAUUUGCAUACUUUUUCAGCGUAUUCUUAGAGUAUGGUAUAAAAGUAGAUCCUAAUUGGAGUAUAAAUUUAGCACAAUCAGCAUGUUUACGACCAGAAUGGAUUCACUUAUCAACAAGUCUUAUGAUGGGAUUUUCACGAAUUGCUGGGACUGCUACUGGUUUAUCUUUAGGUUUGCGUCGUAAACCAACACAUUCUAAACAAUCAGUAUUAGACACAAAUUCCCUACCGAUUAUUCUAUUCAGUUUAAUAAUUGUGGUUAUUAGUACAAGACUUAUGGAAUCAAUAUGUAACCAGAUAAUCAGUCUUUCUACAAUUAAUAUUAGUGACGAAGUGAUGAAAAGUCAUUUUAAUAUGCUACAUUUAUUUAAUUCAUUUUUACAAGGCACUAUUUGUCCGUUCAUUACAGUUUUUAUUGUGCCAACAUGUAUGAAUUUAUUUCAUCGUAAGUAUAACUAAUUCGAUAAUUAAAGGUGAAUUUUAUGCUAUUACAAAGCUACCUUUAUUAAUAAACAUUUUAUUCCGAAUAUACUCUCAAAAUCAGAAAGGUGUUAUUUGAAGAUUGUAUUUUCUUUAAAAAUAAAAAAACUCAAUAUUUGCUAUUUUGUAUUACUUCAAAGAAAACAUUUCAACAGUUGUUAUAUUAUUAAAUUCAUCCUGUUUAGUUUACACUUCCAGAAUAAUUAAUUUAUGUUGACGAA